AUGUGGCCGUUCACGAGCUCCAAUAGCCUGCUGAUCGCAUCGCACAUUCAAGCUAGAGAUGCUUUGAUAGCGUCGGCGCAGGACAGGCUCGGUCUGCAUCCCUCGCCAUCCGAGGCAGCUCUCGAAGCAGAGAUCCUGUCCUCAGACAUAGAAACAAUCACCUCUGGCAUUCUUGACAAGAAAUGGACCUCUACUCGCGUAUUGCAGGCCUACAUUCGCAGCUCCAUCAGGGCUCAAGAGAGGUGCAGACCUCUUACCGAGAUCUACUACGAGCAAGCACUGAAGAGAGCAGCAUGGCUGGAUGCAGAGUUCCAGAAGACUGGAAAGCUUGUAGGACCCCUUCAUGGUGUACCUUUGUCGGUGAAGGAGCAGUAUGCUCUCCGAGGCACACACUUGACGGUAGGCUUCAGCUCCUGGAUCAAGAACGGGCCUACCGAUCACACCGCGGCCAUUGUACGCUUGGGAGAACAUCUGGGAGCAAUUCCCUUCGUCAAGACCAACGUGCCGCAGACCAUGAUCGCUAUCGACUCUCGUAAUCCUUUGUUUGGACAAACUUCCAAUCCUUGGAACCCACACAAUAUUUGUGGCGGCUCUUCUGGAGGAGAAGCGGCGCUGCUCGGAGCCGAUGGGAGUGCGGCAGGACUGGGAAGCGAUAUAGGAGGCUCACUGCGCGUGCCAACUGGUUUCUGUGGCAUAUAUGCGCUCAAGGCGUCUGGGGGAAGAUACCCGCUGCACGGAGGUCCUGCUAUCAAUCCUGGCUUCCACGCCAUCCAUGUAGUCGCCGGACCGAUGGCAAGAAGCGCCAAGGAUCUUGAAGUGCUACACAGAGCUUACAUCGAAGCGCUACACCCAUCUGAUCUGUCAACGAUAGGAGAUCUGAGCAUCAGACAGCACCAGAGGAGGUUUGGUGCGGAAGCUAUGCCUCAUCUGCCUCUGCACGCGAAGUGGCUGGAUGACCCGCUCGGGGCAGCCAAGGCAAGGAACGGCGGGAAGGGAAAGUUGAGGAUCGGAUACUACGUAUGCGACGUGCGUUGAUUCGGUCAUUGCGCACUUGACUCCUUUUGUAAAAUGCUGAUGUCGAGCAUGCUACGAUCCACAGGGCUUCAACCGAACGUCUCCCGCUUGUAUUCGAGGGGUCUUGGAAGCCGUCUCGGCUCUUCAAACAGCCCAUGGCGACAAUGUGGAGCUCGUGGAGAUUCCACACACAGACCUGCAAAUCGUGAAAAGCAUCAGGAUUUUCAAUGGCUUGGUUUCCAGUGAUGCAUUCGCCAACUUUAGGAAGCAUAUCGGAACGGACAGAACGGACAGCGCUUUGUUCGUCAUGUUCCUCGUGGCUAGAGGUGGGUUUGCCAUCGCUCCACCAAAAGUCGUAGCCAGGACUGAGCGCUACAUCCAUCUAUCCGUCCAGUUCCAACCUUUUUGAAGGUGCUGCUGCUAUCUUUGUGAGCGAGCUCCAGAUUCAACCUUUUGAAGCGCUAGCUCUAACCCCCUUGCUUUUGAUCUCGUCAGCGUCCGCUUUUUCUUGAAAGACCCCUCAUUCGCUGCUGCAGGUGGAACCGCUGGCCGCAAGACAGCCGGGCAGUACACAAGUACGGUACGUUUGGGAAGGAGCGCCGAGAUUGGGAUUUGUUUGCUGAUCACAAACGCCAAAACUCGCGCGAUCGGAUACAGGAGGGCGAAAAGGAUGACUUUAUCGAGGCUUGGGAGGAGCGCGUCUGGGAGGGCUACAGGCUUGAUGGUAUCAUUGCGUGAGUGGAACAGGUGCAACUGCGCAUACCGUGGGCUCCUAUUCAUCACUGCCCUUCUUCAGACCUGUGUUCCCUCUGCCCGCACCAGUGGUGCACGGCACGGACGAGAUCAGCAUCUGCGCCAGUUCCACAUUCCUCUACAACGUGAGUAUCAAGCCGAUUCUUGGGCUUCGUGGAAGGCCACCUCUCACUCGGAUUACGAGGAACAUUGCCUUGACAGGUCCUCGAUACCUCGGUAGCUAUCGUACCCGUAACGAGGGUCGAUGCGAAGGUGGACCGCGCGACGUACAAAGAUCGCAGCCCCCUUUGGGGUCCUCAAGCGCACUCGGACAUCGCGAGAGCAGCUUUCAAAUCCACGAGUGGCGUGUUAUCUUGGAGAAUUUACUCUGGAAAGAAGGCUUUGUACAAUGCUGAGCAAAGCCACGGACUUCCUGUUGCCGUACAAGGUGAGUCGCAGUGUAUUAGGCGGAUUGCGCGCGUUGCGCUUGCUGAAUUCGUCAUCAUUUUUGCAAAUGAAAGUCAUCACGCGCCCGCGCGAAGACGAGAAAGCGUUGGGUCUCAUGCGAUUGGUGGACAGCGCUCUGCCUCCGAUGCAUGAGCGGGGCUUUGGUCCUGGAGCCUAUACUCGUUGGGCGCAGAAGAAGAACAUUUGA